UGCCAAGGUUGUGACAUGGGACAACACUAAAAGGAACACAGGAGACUUGUGGCUAAAAUUAACCGCAGAAGGUGCCUGCGUAUGCUGCCUGUUUUCAAAAGGGUUUUGAAAGUGGUGAAAUUGCUUUCAGGAUAAACAAAGUAAAAAGCGUCAGAAUUUAUAAAGCAGCGCUUGCCUUCAAUAGUCAUCCAAGCACUGAGUUAACAUGGGGUCUGGACAAUCUCAGAGAAGCUGCUAUUGCGAAUAAGUCUUGAAGUGGAUUUCUUUAAUUAGGUAAAGUUGCAAGAAGACACCAGGGCUCCUGACUGUUUAAUGAUUGUGACUCGAGUUAUAUACACAGUUAUUUCACUACAAACAUACGCAGGCUAAAGUCCUUAACAAUGAUGCAAAGGUAACAUCUGGCAAAUUCUUCCAACUGAAGCUAUACACAAAGUGAUCGAAAAUGGAUGAACAUGUUGGUAAGAAUUAUCUUUUCCAGGAUCCAGAAAUCUCCUGUGAUUUACUAAAACAUCUUAACAACUUGAGGGAAGAAGGUUUGUUAACGGAUGUCUUCAUUUGUGCUGGGGGAUGCACCUUUCCUUGUCACAGAAAUGUACUAGCCUCAAGUAGCCCUUACUUUAAGGCAAUGUUUUGUAACAAUUUUAGAGAGUGUGGAGAAGAAAACGUAGUAUUGAAGGGCAUUGACUCAGAUAUUUUUAAUCUCAUCAUCCUCUAUGUCUACACCGGUGAGAUCCUUAUCACUCUGGAGAAUGUGUAUUGUCUCAUCGAGGCUGCUUCUAUGCUUCAGUAUAAUACAUUACUACAAGCUUGUUCCAAGUACCUUCAGGACCAAAUGAAUCCCCAGAACUGCCUAAGCAUGGUGCGUCUUGCUGACAUUUUCAGCUGUAAAGACCUUAAAAAGAAGGCCAGAGACAUGGCUUUACAAUGUUUCCCAGAAGUUGGCAUUUCUGAAGACCUCAAGGAACUGUGUGCCCAAGAAUUGCUUGAUUACCUUGGAGAUGAUGAUCUGUGUGGAGAAGAAGAGCAAGUUUUUGAGACCCUGAUGGCAUGGAUUCGACAUGACAUCCAAAGACGUAAGUGCUUUGUUCAGGAUUUGUUUGAGAAGGUGCGUCUUCAAUACGUACACCCAACUUUUUUCUUCCAUUUUAUUGCCAGUGAUCCACUAAUUCAGUCUUCGACAAUUUGCAGAAGUUCUUUGGAUGCAGCAUCCAGAAUGUUAUUUUCUCAAAAUACAGCGAUUGUGCCAAAUGUCAAGCCCAUGCUGCAUGUCCCUCGAAGAUUUUCUCACCAGGAAUUCCUGAUUAAUGUCGGAGGUAGAAAAGACAGUCAGCAGACAACAAAGGAUGUUUUGCUGUACAAUGUGAUGACAAACCAGUGGCUCAGACUUGCUACGCUUCCAUUGCGUCUUCAUAAAGCUUCUGCUGUGGGCUUACACGGCAACGUUUAUAUCUUAGGGGGUUUGUCCAUUUGCAGCAAGAAAAGCACGGUGACUUUGGCUGUUUACAUUUUGUCUCUCAAAUUAAACCAGUGGCGUAAAGGGGAACCAAUGCUGUCUGCACGCUACUCUCAUAGAAGCAUUGCCUACAAAAACUAUAUAUUUUCUAUUGGAGGAAUUGGUGAAAAGCAACAGAUUCUGAGUUCCAUGGAGAGAUUUGACAGCAUUUAUAAUACGUGGGAGGUCAUGGCAAACAUGCCCCUAGCUGUCCUUCAUCCUGCAGUUGCUGCCAAAGACCAACGAAUCUAUCUUUUUGGUGGAGAGGAUGUCAUGCAGAACCCUGUCCGAUUUAUACAGGUUUAUAAUAUCGCUAGAAACAUGUGGUUCCGAAUGGAAACAAGAAUGGUCAAAAAUGUUUGUGCCCCAGCAGUUGUGAUUGGAGAGAAGAUUCUAAUAAUAGGAGGUUUCACCAGGAGGAUAAUUGCUUAUGAUGUGAAGCAAAACAAAUUCAUCAAAUGUGCUGAUAUGAAGGAUAGACGAAUGCAUCACGGCGCCACUGUGCUCCAAAAUAAACUCUAUGUGACGGGUGGCCGGUGUCUUACUGCUGACAAUACCAUAGAAGACUCGGAUUCUUUUGACUGUUAUGAUCCCGAGACAGACACAUGGACAUCUAAAGGGAAAUUGCCCAGCAAACUGUUUGACCACGGCUGUUUAACACUCCAGUGUAGCCCCUCACAUUUGCAUUGAAUUAUUGAUGAAACCAAAGUUGAUUUAAGAACUAUAUAAAGUUUACUGUGAAGUGUAAGUUUGGCACUUCCUGUCACAAGAGAGUUAUAAUACGAUAUCAGACAGGAGGCUGUUUACAUUGUGGUAACAAACUAGGGCGAUGGUACCAUUAUUUGGUAUAUUGUGCAUUGCUGUUUGACUUCAGACACAGGUUCCAUGGACCUUAAAUAAUAAUGGGGUUCACCGUGAUCACAGAAAAUCAGGUAUGGGAUAUACACCCUGUUUUCACUGCUCCACAUUCUAGUAAGUAGCCAUUGUAACUAACCAACUCAUUCCAUUCAGUGCUAACGAGGCUCACCUCUAUACAUUUGGGAUUUCUAUGGGUACGUAUAACUCUAUAAUACUAUCGAUAAUAGCAGGGCAUGAGGUAUGGCAACAGGUCAUUUAACCAAACAUAUCUCAUAGUCUUCUUACUCAUGCCUGCCAUUAAAACCAAACAGAACUGGCAUCCCUAGAUUCUCCAGAUGUUAUGGAAUUUCAGCUGCCAUCAGACCUGGAGAUUCGUUCGUGGGCCAAACUGCAAUUUUAACGCAUUUGGGCUGAUUGGGUGAUCGGCCUAAUUCUCGAACUUAAUUCUCGAGUCGUAAUUUUACCUCAAUAAUGGACCACCCGAAACCCACAAUACCAGACAAUAUAUUUACAAUUAUGUAUAUAGGGCCAACAUAUUUUGCAGUGCUGUAUUUUUUUUUUCUUGAUUGCUCCUCAUGUUUUUCCCUCUUUUUGGUUACUUCUUCUCACUUGGUCUGUGAACAAAAUGGAGGAAAAUUGCUCCUAUCACUGUUCUCCUAAAUAUAUGCAUAAUAUUAUGUAUAUAUUUUACAGCAUACUGAUUGGGCCAUUCUUUUUGUUCUUCUGAUUUAUUUUACGAAUUGGAAUCUCAGUAAUGAAAUUCUGCCAAGCCAACUCAACAUGAAAAUUUUUCAAUAUUUUGAAAUAAAUUGUUUGUCCGAGCCCCAUUUUCUUGUUGAGCACAUGUCUGACUGCCAUCGGGCUAAACCAGGGAAAAGCAAAAUCUCUAGUGGCUGUCUUCCUGACAGCCAUAAGAGGCACUUUCACUUCCAGAACCAAGUCAAACUCAUAGAAAGCAUUUGAUGGGAGGUGCACGACAUUUUACCAUGCAGGCCUAUCUCGCCCCCUUUACUUCUUUAGACGAGAACACGGAAUACGUCAGCAGGCGUGCUGGCAAAGAUGGAGGCAGAGCAGGCGGUUGCUGUGGAGGUGUUUAGUCGCUGGAUAUGAAGUAAAUAAAACAGAUUAAACUUUAAUUUUACAUAGCAAAAAGGGAUGGAGAUAGGUCAGAACAGAAGGGACUUACAGACACUAAAAAAAUGAUUGUUAUUUUUAGAUACAUAGUUUCCCUUUAAUACAUUAAUAACAAGCUUAAAUUGCCAAAUGUAUUGGUGAAUUAAAUGGUGUGUGUUGUAUGGUGCUCUUUCUUCUACAGUCCAAAACAUAGGAGAACAUACUUGACUAAACUGUAUUGAAAUGUAUCAGUUUGUGCAGCAGAACCAUGUCAUAGACAAAACAUGAUGCAUUAUUUUAUUAAUGUGUCUCUUUCGGUCAGGUUUUGGAAAGACAUGAUGUAAGGCUAGUUUUACUGCUUGCGUUUUGUAAUUUUCUUUAUAUGUAAAUAAGCUUGAUUAAUAUUAAAAAUGUAUACUCAUUUUGGCAAUAUGAAACUUACACAUAAGGCAAUCUGAGUUAUGUGAUCAAUUGCUAUUUCAUGUUUACACAUUCAAAUCAUGUGCUUAAACCUGUAACUAAAGUUAGGAUUGAUUAAUACCUGGUUUAUUCAUUAAAUUGAAUAUUUAACUUUAAAAAACAAACAAAAAAAUAAAACAUAAAUUUGUAAAAAAUGUAAUAUGCUGUUGUGUCAGGAUUUAAAGCAAGUGGUAAAUUUCUUUUCUGGUUUAUGUUAAUGGGAUGGUAUUUCACGCAGCUAGGGUUAAGUUUGUCUGCAGCUCAUCGGACUCCAGAGUGAGUAGUAAGCUACAAGUAUGGGCCCGAAUGAACUGAAAAGGACAAUGCUCUGUGCAGGGAUGUGAAUUACUUUAUAUUCCAAAUACAAUAUGUGGUAACAUUGUGUCUUGGUAAAAGCUUAAUGGUACUGUAAUGCUGCUAGUCUUUCAACCAGGAAUAAACUAUUUAAAAAACAUUCUUCACAUG